AUGCCCAUGCUGUCCGGAGACGGGGGCCUGCUCCCCAGGCACCAUCCCUAUGGCUUCUGCAGCCCCUUGAGCCCGCUCUGGCCUGGCCCCAGGGAGAAGCCAUCCAUCAAGGGCCUUUACUACCACAGGGUCCGGAGGGUGGAUGCCCUGGAUGCCUGCCCGGAGGCGGACCUGAAAAAGGAGAUCCUGGUCAACGUGGGGGGCAGGAGGUACCUGCUCCCCUGGAGCACGCUGGAUGCGUUCCCACGGAGCCGGCUGAGCAAGCUCAGGCUGUGCCGCAGCUCCGAGGAGAUCAGGCAGCUCUGUGACGACUAUGACGAGGACAGCCAGGAGUUCUUCUUCGACCGCAGCCCCAGCGCUUUCGGGGUGAUCGUGAGCUUCCUGGCAGCAGGGAAGCUGGUGCUGCUGCAGGAGAUGUGUGCGCUGUCCUUCCAGGAGGAGCUGGCCUACUGGGGCAUCGAGGAGACCAGCCUGGAGAGGUGCUGCCUGCGGAGGCUGCUGGCCAAGCUGGAGGAGCUGGCCGAGCUGCGCCGCGAGGAGGCGCUGCAGCGGCAGAGGGAGGCCUGCGGCCCGGCCGUGGCCGCCUCGCGCUGGGGCCGCUGCAUGGGCCGGCUGCGUGAGAUGGUGGACAACCCGCAGUCGGGGCUGCCCGGCAAGGUCUUCGCCUGCCUGUCCAUCCUCUUCGUGGCCACCACGGCCGUCAGCCUGUGCGUCAGCACCAUGCCCGACCUCAGGGCCGAGGAGGACAAGGGUGAAUGCUCUCACAAGUGCUACUACAUUUUCGUGGUGGAGACCAUCUGCGUGGCCUGGUUUUCCCUGGAGUUCUGCUUGCGCUUUGUCCAGGCCCAGAACAAGUGCCAGUUCUUCCAAGGGCCCCUGAACAUCAUCGACAUCCUGGCCAUCUCUCCGUACUACGUGUCGCUCGCAGUGUCGGACGAGCCCCAGGAGGACGGCGAGAGGCUGGGCAGCGGCUCCUACCUGGAGAAGGUGGGCCUGGUGCUGCGCGUGCUGCGAGCGCUGCGCAUCCUCUACGUGAUGCGCCUGGCCCGCCACUCGCUGGGGCUGCAGACGCUCGGCCUCACCGUGCGCCGCUGCACGCGCGAGUUCGGCCUGCUCCUCCUCUUCCUGGCCGUGGCCGUCACCCUCUUCUCCCCGCUGGUCUACGUGGCUGAGAAUGAGUCCGGGCGGGUGCUGGAGUUCACCAGCAUCCCGGCCUCCUACUGGUGGGCCAUCAUCUCCAUGACGACGGUGGGCUACGGGGACAUGGUCCCUAGCAGCGUGCCGGGCCAGAUGGUGGCUCUGAGCAGCAUCCUGAGCGGGAUCCUCAUCAUGGCCUUCCCGGCCACGUCCAUCUUCCACACCUUCUCCCACUCCUACCUGGAGCUCAAGCGGGAGCAGGAGCACCUCCAGGCCCGCCUGCGCCACCUCCAGCACUCCCGCACAGCCAGCGAGCACGAGCUGCUGAGCGAUGUGGACAGCCUCGUCCUGGAGGGCCCAACCUCGCCCGGCACGCACACUUAGCUCAGAUCCCUCGGGAGCAGAAGGUGGCCUCAACCCCUCUCCCUCAACCCAAACCAGCCCAAG